AUGAUCUCCACUUACCUCUGACGCGGUAUACAGGUGAAAUACAUGUAGGGCAACGUGUGUUUGCUUUUUUCUGCUUCUUGCGUCUCAAAGGAGACCCGGAGCGUGUGCAUAAAACAUUGAAUUAUCCGAAUGUUGUUGCUUGAGGAACACUGAGUUUUUCCCAGACUCAACUGUUACAUUUAUUUCAAGUUGGCGGUUGUUGUUCAGAGUUCACGCUCUGUUUACCUGAUACAUCGGAUACGUCUGUAGUACAUAGGUGGAUGACUAGAAUAUUGUAAGUGCAUACUUGAAUACAUCUUUCAGGCAUAAUUUUGACCACUGCAGUGAUGGAGUUACGAUGGAAAUAUAUAUUGGUGUUCGUGCUAUUUUUGAUCGAAGAUGAAUGUGUGUCACUUCACCUCGACGACUUACAAAAGGAGUACGGGGAAUGGCGUCUGCAGCGAUCCCCCGAAUAUUCCACCACGUUUGGCUUCUAUAGAUACAACGACCAAGUGGAGAAGUUUGCAUACUCCGGAUUAGCAGAAGAAUACAACAAGUGUCUAGACCUUCUGGUCCGUCUACAGGGAAUUGAUUACAACCAACUUACAGCCAAAGAAAAGACAGACUAUGAUAUUUUUAAUGAUACGCUGUCGACCAUAAUUCGGGGAUAUGACUGGAGAAACUACAACACACUGAACCCGAUUAAUUUUCUGGAGGGUCCACAAACUAUUGUAUCUUAUCUUCCAACAAGAACACCAUUUGACACCGUUGGUGACUAUGAGAACUACAUUAAGCGACUGGAAUUAUACCCAAACCAGAUAGAGGAAAUGAUAGAAAGAUUUAAUAUAUCAAUAGAAAAAGGUCACACCUAUCAUAUUGUAUCAGUGAACAGGAUCCCAGGACAGAUCGAUUAUAUACUGAAAGGCGUAAAUGAUACAAAUUUUCCGCUUUAUCAACCAUUCCUUGAUAAAUUGACAAAUCUGAAGACAAUUGCAGAACCCACAAAAACAGACAUGCGCAAUAGAGCCAAAACAGCUGUCGGAGCCAUUGUCCAAAAGUACAGAGAUCUGAAAGCAUAUCUUGAAAAUGUAUACUUUCAACACACCAGAUCCGGUUUCGGUGUAAGUAGUUGGGACAGGGGAUUGGAAUUCUACAAGGAAUGUCUACGAUGGCAUCUUUCUCUGGAUAUGUCUCCAGAGGAGGUACACAACAAGGGACUCCAAGAAGUCGAGAGAAUCUCCUCAGAAAUGAAAAAGGUCAUGAUGAAGCUGAACCACCAAGGUUCUGUCAAAGAGUUCUUUGAUAAAGUGAAGACGGAUCCAAAGUUUUACUUUCAAACCGGUGAUGAAAUAAUCCAGUGGUACAAAAAUGCAAUAAAAAAUGACAUACAACCAAAACUGUCGUCUUAUUUUAGAGACCUUCCAAAUCUUCCUGUAAAUGUGGAGCCAAGUCCGACUGAUGGUGUCGGGGGUAGGUAUAUACCAGGACCAUCGGACGGAUCACGCCCGGGGAUCUUUCAAGUCAAUGUUCAUCGUCCUAAUCAAUCAGUAACGAUCGAUUUCAUGGCUUUGCUCAUUCACGAAACUAAUCCAGGUCAUCAUUUGCAGAUCAGUAUUGCGUCUACUGUUAAAAUCCCCAGCUUCAGAAAAAACGCGGUUGGUCAUCUAUUCACAGUGCCAUUUGAGGCCCCGUUCUUUACAGCCUUUGUUGAGGGUUGGGCGUUGUAUACGGAAGCAUUGGGUGAAGAAAUGGAGUUGUAUAAGACGGACUACGACAUGAUGGGAAGAUACGGAUCAGAAAUAUUUCGAGCGUGUCGUCUUGUUGUUGAUACGGGACUGCAUUACUUCAAUUGGACAAAAGAACAAGCUGUAGAAUACAUGCUAAAUUACACCGCCUACAGUGAAGCUUUCAUCAGAACGGAAGUUGAUCGAUACCUCACAUUGCCAGGUCAAGCAUGCGCAUACAAAAUAGGUGAACUCAAAAUUAUGGAACUGCGUAUGAAGGCUCAAGAGGAAUUAGGGUCCAAGUUUGACAUCAAGGAUUUCCACUCCGUUGUUCUGAAAGAUGGAGCCCUUCCUCUGAACAUCCUGGAGAAGAAUGUCAAUCAAUGGAUUACUGAAACAAAGAGUAAACACACAGAGACAAAGAAACCGUGCACCUCCGCCGGAACAACGAGAGACGCUGGAUUUAAACUCAUCUUAAUCAUCUCUAUCAUUGUUUUAUUCCUUAAAUGACUACGGUCUAGAUGAUAUUUAAAUGGAUGAUGGUCACUGUGGCGAACUCCAAAAACAUUUAUGGAAAAGUGUAGCAUGUGCUUAUUCCUUAUGCAUAUGAUAGCAUAUACAAAAGUGUAACUUUAUCAUAAUCAUUUACUCUAAUAUCAAUUUAUCUUAAGUGAUACGAAAUACGCCAUAUAUAUUGGAAUUGAUAUACAAAAAUGCAUAGUGCAUGUAUAUAUGUGUAAAUGUUUGUAAUUAUAUGUAUACUAAUGAGUAUAUGUUGGUACUACUAUACUUUCUAAGUGUAACACAUUUUCUUAAUAAUUAUGCAGGUAAUGAUACAUCAUUGUGAUCAUUAUAUAAUCAUUUACUUUAAUAUUACUUUAUGUUAGAUGCGAUCAAAUAUGCCAUACACACAAGUAGUAGUUUAUAUUAGUGCAUAGUAAAUAUAUCAUGAGAUAUAUACUGUAUCCCUUAGGGCCCAUGGCAGGUAUAACCAGUCGACAGGGGAUGCUAACUCCUCCUAGACACCUGCUCCCACCUCUGGUAUAUCCAGGCAGGGGUCCGUGUAUGCCCAAUUCUCUCUUUUUUUAGAUUGCUUAUAGGAGUUAUAAGAUUGAUCACUGUUCGUUAUCUUCACCUUUCAUGAAAAAGAGUAUACGUUGGCACUGACUUUAUAUUUGCAAUAAACGUAUGUGUACAUUUGCAUCUCCAAAACUUCA